AUGCAGGGUGAUUGGCAGACGUUCAUUGACAUCCUCGCUUGGGGCCAUAACGCCCGCCCUACUGCAAACUCCCCUUCCUCUAUCGGCUUCGGGGAUACAGGGCGGAUGACCUGGGGCCCAAAUGCCGUCGAAGCGGUCGAUAACGAGACCCGGAUCCUUGGCCGCCUGAUGGCGGAGGCAAUCGCGGCGCACGCUCUCGAGAACGGAUUUAAAUUAUCGUCCCACAAGACCGAGGGUCGGGCGAAGCGGGUCCCGUACUCCCAGCGAAUUGACCAGAAACGCGCCCUUCGCAUCCAGUCCCCCCCAGCUGUUACGGGUCGCGGCAGCUGCCACUGGGGUUCCCCUCCUACACUCGCGGAUACCCUCGUGCGGUUGGAGCCCGGAGAUGCUCUCUUCCCCGUGAUUCAAGCCGGAAUCCGGUCCUUUUUUAUGGGUGUGGCGCUGGGAGGCGCUUCGGGAAUCUCUAUGUAG